ACGACAUAUUUUUUGCGGCAUCGCCGGUGAAAGAUGAUCACGAUUCCGAUUGCUGCGUUGCUUGUGAUAUUAUUUUUGGGUAUUCAUAAAUUUAUUAGAUUCAUAUCUCCAGCUGGGAAGACUUUUAUUUCAUCACACGAUGUUUUAAUUGUUACAGCGCAUCCUGAUGACGAAUGCAUGUUUUUUAGCCCUACUAUAUUCCAGCUUCGAAAAACGGGGCAUGAGGUACAUCUCCUUUGUCUGUCAUCAGGAAAUUAUAACCAAAAAGGAGAUAUAAGGAAAAAAGAGUUACAGAAGAGCUGUGCAAUACUUGGUAUACCUUUGAAAAAUGUUACAGUGCUAGAUCAUAGCUCUUUGCCAGAUGAUCCUAAUUUUAACUGGGAUCCAUUAAUAGUGGCAGAUGUUGUUCAGCAGCAUAUCAAAGAAUUCUCCAUUGGUUGUGUAAUAACCUUUGAUGGGUAUGGUGUUAGUGGGCAUAGAAAUCAUAUUGCAGUAUAUCAUGGAGUGAAAUCUCUGUUCACCAAGUCACAGAGGAGAUCAAAGAUUGAAGCAUAUAGACUAGUCAGUGUGAAUCUCCUGAGGAAAUAUUCUCUACUUUUGGAUCUUCCAUACAGUUUUUAUUUUGAUGGUCAGCUUAUGUUGAGUAAUUGGCUGGAUGUACACAAAGCUAAGAAAGCUAUGGAAGCUCAUGCCAGCCAGUAUGUGUGGUUUCGGUGGCUUUACGUGGCAUUUUCCAGAUACAUGAUAAUGAAUACACUGAAACCCCUGUGUGGAAAGUAACUAUCCAUGUGAUAAACCGUUGCUGGGCAAAGUGCUUUGAUAUCCCUAGGCUUGAAAGAGUCAGUCCUCUGGUUAAUGCAGUAUUUUAAGGAGAUGCAAUGUUUACACCCAACAAAUAUGUAACAAACAGAAGAUCACAGUAAAAUCUGGUUCACUCAUUAGGCCCAUUUUGACUUAAAUCUGAAAAGAUUAAGGACCUUUGCAUAUAGUGAGAACUAGAAAUGUCAUAAACGUGAACUUUCCAUCAUACACAUGGAAUUUAUGGUGCACUACUUUUUGUUUUCUCAAGUGUUUCUUGCUCAAAACCACCAUAUUGACCUGUUAACAGCUAUAUUCAUGUCAGCGUGUCCAUGUUUUCAAUUUAGUAUAGAUGUCCUUUAGUCAAUCAGUGUUAGUAUUUCUGGUGUGUUGUGUUUACCACAGUUCAAAUGAUCUUGAAGUUGAUAAUUGUACCAUUUUAAUUUAUUUACAUCAUGCAAAGUGUCUUUUUUAUGGG